CGUAGUAGAAUGGCUAUAUGGACCUCCUCUUCCACUGUACAUAUAGUAGAACUAGCAGAUAAUUUCCUGAGAUCAGUGGUGGGGCAAUAAGGAUUACUAGCAAUUCUAAACGAACUCUUCCUUUGGAUUCACUAUACUCCAGCCCCAACAGGGAGGAGAGUGUUGUGCUUAUGUAGUAAACGAAAAAUAAGGUUAGACUCCCACAGCUGAUGACGCUGAUGAGUAUUAUUGCCGUCAUCGAGUCAACGGAAUAGAGUUUUUAAUAAUACGCAGAUAAAUCUUGAAUAAAUUAAAAAGCCUUUCCACAAGUAAAAAAAAACUGUCUAUUGUCAUUCGCAAUGCCCGCUCCAGAGUUGUCGGAGCUUCCAGCGAGCCUCAAGAGUAUUCAACCCUACUUGAAGAUUGCAAAUGAGCAUGAUCAACGGGAUCCGGUUGUCAGCUACUGGGCACGCCUCUAUGCCUUACAAACCGGCAUGAAGCUCAGCUCAAAGGGCCCAGAAGAGCGUAAUUUCCUCAUUAAACUUAUGGACUGGCUUGAAACCACGAAGAAGGAACAACACGACAACGAGGCUAUAACUAAUGAAGUUGCCGCACAGGCACAUCUUGAAAAUUGGGCACUCAAACUAUUUCUGUUUGCUGACAAGAACGAUCGUGCCGGUAAUUUCACCAAGAAUGUCAUACAGAGUUUUUACACCGCUGGAUUGCUGUAUGACGUGCUGACAACUUUUGGGGAAUUGACCGAUGAGGCAGCGCAGAAUAGAAAAUAUGCUAAAUGGAAGGCUGCUUACAUUCACAAUUGUUUGAAGAACGGAGAGACUCCGGUGCCGGGUCCUGUUAAUUCUGAAAAGGACGACAGUGAGGUGCCUCCAAAACCAGAUGAACAACUUGAUAACUCUGAUGAUGAUAAUGAACUGGAAAAAUCCGAGAGUCUGGAAAAUCCAGCAGAAAAGAAUGAAGCGGAGCCUGAAGCCGAACCCGAGGGUUUUGAUAAUGCCGAGAAUAUACAAGACGAGAAACACGAUGCAGAAGCUGAAUCGGAACUAAAAGAUGAAACUGCUGGGGUCGAAGAGGAGGUCGAUAAACCCCCACAGCCUGCAUCCGAUAAUGAUGACGAAGAAGCCGAACCAUCUCAGCCUACACCGCCACCUCGUGCAGACCCUUAUGGUUUCCCAUCGCCUCCUGGUGCUACAAAUCCCCCAGCAACACCAGCGACCUCCAGUAUACCCCCUUAUCCCUCUCUUCCAUCGGACAAUUCUCUCCCUUCGACCCCACAGCCUUACAAUCCUCCAUCGACUCCAAUUACCACCAAUCCCUCGGUUGAUUAUUCAUCAAGAUUGAAUGCUGGCGAAAUCACUCUGACCGCAGAACAAAUGACGAAAGUAUCGAAAUACAUAAAAUGGGCAGGAAGCGCAGUCAAUUACGAUGAUGUUCCAACGGCAGUACAAAAUCUACAGAAAGCUCUCCACUUGUUAACAACCGGGCAAGAUUCCUGAAUAUCUUGCGACCGUAAUACACUCUCCAAGGUACAUUUUACUCUGUGCACUUAUUCGUUUAUAUUGCAAAAAUAUCGCUGUUUACUAAUCUCUAAUGAAAAGAGACAAAAUAAUCCAAGAUGAUUGCGACAUUCGCUUUCUCGAAUGGAGAUAUUAGAAAACGACCUAAUGAUCAAUUUCCCAUAUUUUUUUUAUGAAGCUGCAGAAGCGUUUUUCCAAUUUUGGAAUGCUUGUAAAUAAUAAAACAAUAUUAUGGAAAACUAAAAUAAUAUAAACUAAUUGUUAGCUUAAAGAAAAAUUGUAGCAUGGUCAUUUCUUACCUUUUAUUAUCAACCAUUAUGAAAUAUUAGUAAUCGGUGUCGGUAUUUGGCUAGUUGAGGAACAGGUCGGUUCACGUGAAAGGUGAAAGAAUUUAUAAAAGCUGGGGUGUCACAAUUACAAAUCAAAAUCAUUAUUAA